CUCGCCCUUUCGAGUUAUUCGGUUUCACUUUCCAGCAGCCCAGCUCUGUCAGAGCCAGCCUCACGGGAAUCAACAUCCGGUACGUUCAUCCUCAUCAACAGUUUUGCGUGCUAGCGUCUGCCAUCUUUGGCGCACGGCAAGAAUAUUACUGCCUUGCACACCGUGGCAUGCAUGGCGCAUGUGGACCUAUAAAACGCCACACGCAAGCAUACGCAUCACGUACACCAACCAGCGUCAGGAACAGCGCCGGCGCCGCUCGACCGAUCGACCAGCCAUGCCGCGGAACUACCGCCUGCCGUCGUACCACCGGCAGAGCCCGGCGAUCCGGUGCCUCAACUUCCUCUGCGCGGUGCUGCUCACGCUCGUCCUCAUCGCCGGCAUCAUCCUCUUCGUGCUGUGGCUCAGCCUCCGCCCGCACCGCCCCAAGUUCACGCUCACCGACUUCAGCAUCCCCAACGUGAACCGCCAGUCGGGCGCCGCCAACCUGCCCGUCAAGUUGGCCGUCAACGAGCACAACCCCAACCAGAAGAUCGGCAUCCACUUCGAGGCCGUCUACGGCUCCGUCUACUACGACGACGAGCUCAUCGCGUCGGGCCCCGUCAUGUACCCCUUCUACCAGCCGCCCAAGGGCGACACGCUGGUGCAGGGCGAGCUGGCCGCCUCCGGCCCGACGCCCACCGACCCCGCGUGGCAGCGCUUCGCCAGCGAGGUGGGCGCCGGCAGCGUGGGGCUGCGCCUGGUGCUCAACUCCACGGUGAGGUUCCAGGUGAAGCUGUGGGACACCAAGGAGCACCACAUGAAGGCCGACUGCGGGUUCAAGAUCAGCGGGGACGGCAGCCUCCACCAGGAGGACAGGAACACGCAGUGCACGCUCUACUUCUAG